AUGAUCAACAUACGGUCGGCUUCGGUCGCGAUCCUACUGACGCCUCUGUGCCAUGCAAUCCUAGCAUCAGGCCAGCAGAAUGUACUCUCUUCCCCCCGACGCAAGUACACGCUUGAUGAUAUCAAGCCUUUGACCCAUGCUGUAUCAGGUGAGGUGAAGUGUUGUCCCGAGGGAACCCUGUUCGACGGACAGUCCUGUGUACUGGGUGUGCCUAAGUGCCCGGAGAACACCAUCUUCCAGGAUGGCAAGUGUGUGUCCGUCUCCAAGCCGGCAUGCCCCCCCGGCGAAGAAUUCAAUGGCCGGGUGUGUGUCACCGAAGCGUCCCCUUACUGCCCUCCCCCUACAGUCUUCCAGGAUAAGGCUUGUGUCUCCAAGGUGCCCCCCGCGUGCCCCACGGGUUUCGAGGUCCACGGCCAGGUCUGUGUAUCUAAACUGCAUCCUACGUGUCCGAAUGACGACCGCUUCAAUGGCCAGGACUGUGUGAGCUCCCAGGGCCCCACCUGCCCUCAAGAUACGACCGAGCUCAGCAAUGGUGUAUGUGUCAGCAAGAAACAGCCGUCCUGUGCCACGGGGAGCCAAUUCGACUCGACAGUCAAGCGAUGUGUGUCUGAGCAGAAGCCCGUCUGCCCUGAGGGAACCGUGCGCAAAGGCCAGAACUGUGUCUCUGUUCAUGGCCCAGCCUGUCCUGAAGAUACCACCUUCAACCCCAAGACCCAGACCUGUACCCUUACACAGGACCCCUCCUGCCCACCCGAGGAGGAGUUUGAAAACGGUCAAUGCUACUCAACAAGUCAGGCCGAGUGUGACCCCAGUACCCAACUGUCUGUGGACCGUGUCUCCAACACUGCUCGCUGCUGUCCCGUAGGUCUGACUUGGAACGGAGAGGUAUGCCUCGUCCCAGUGGAUGUGGAUGGGAACUGUCCACCUGGUCUCAUCAAGAUCGGGGAUCGCUGUGAGAAACAAACUGUCACUGUGCCCAUCUGCCCCCCCACGUUCAAGCCCCAGGGCAGCCGCUGUGUAUCGGUCGAGCCCCCCGAGUGUCCUCCUGACUAUACUCGCGACGGCACCGUGUGCUCUUCGUUGGAGAGUCCCCAAUGCCCCGAGGGCUACCAGCUCAAGGGCUCUGACUGUGUCUCGACCGACACCCUCGCCUGUCCCGAAGAAACAAAGCUCGAAGGGGAGCAUUGUGUGAGCAUUGACACCCCGACCUGUGAGGGCGACGCACGCUUUGAUGGUACCAACUGCGUCGUUACCACCCCCGAAUGUGAAACUGGGAAGUAUUUCAAUGGGAAGGACUGUGUUACCAUCAACCAGCCUUCUUGCGCCUCCGGUACGAUCUUUGACGGACACCGUUGUGUCUCCUCCAACCGUCCUGAGUGUCCCGUCGGCAGCUUGCCCAGCAACGGCACCUGUAUCACCAACUCCCGCCCUAGCUGCAAAUCCGGAUCUGUCCUCGUUGGCGACGACUGUGUCACUGGACCUCCACAAUGUGACAAGGGUCUCAUCUUCGACGGUACUCAGUGUGUCACCAUCGACCACCCCACCUGCCCUCCUUUGUACAAGUGGGUCAAUGGGGAAUGUGUGAACACAGAGAUCAAGGGCUGUGAGCCCGGCUACACUCUGCGUAAUGGCAAAUGUGUCUCCGAUGUCCGACCCGAAUGUGAGCUCGGUACCAACUUCAACGGCACCGCAUGUGUGGGUGACACUCCUGUAUGUCCCCCCGACACCGUAUUUGACGGGACCGAGUGUGCCUCGGAGGAGAUUCCAGGCUGUCCCUCCGGCCUCAAAUUCAACGGCAAGAAGUGUGUUGCCGAAAGCGAUCCCUCUUGCCCGAUCAACACCAAGUGGGAUGCUGCUUCCAAGGAGUGUAUUGGCGAACGGCCACCGCAGUGUCCUCCUGGCCAGGAGUUUAACGGAGAGCACUGUGCUUUGGUUGAUGGCGAGUGUAUGGAGUUCGAGUACUGCCCUGCCCGGUCCUUGGGGGUGGUGCUGUUCGAUGGUGUAAAGAGGUAA